AUGACGGAUGAUGAUGAUCUCUUGAAGAACAGGUUCUCCAGGGACAAGCGCAAGCCUCCCUCCUCUGCGUCCUCGCGUGGGGAAAGCACUCUCACGGAUUUCUUGCAGGAUGAUGUGGCUCGCUUCUUUGCUCAGGAGCAGGACCGAACGUUGGUCUUUCAGGCGGCCACGAAGGAUGGUAUUGUCUCUGUCAAGGACUUCCUGGCUGCGGUGGAGGAUGGAUGGAAUAUUGAUGGCAUGGGCAGCGCUGCCCGUGAGGUCGUGGAGAAGAUGAGCUGGAUGGGGAGACAGAGUUUGAAGCGAUUCAUCAAGGAUGUGGCCAGGGACAUCGUCACUUUUCGAGACCGUGCAGCCAAGCACUAUGCCCGGUGGCUUGUGUAUUCUCACGUAGGAGAUGGCUGGCACGGACACGGAGCCCCGUGGAUUCUGGUUCUCGAAAAAGCAUCCGACAAGGUCCUGAUUGCGGACUUCGAGCUGGAUGAGUUUGUGGCUUGGAUGGAGGAUGUGCACAAUCUCAUGCGCAAGGUCACACUGGAUGACCGCGAUCAUGGGCUGCUUGUUGGGAGCGACCCCUCCUUGCUAGCUGUUCGUCGCAAGAUAGCUGCUCGCUGGGCUAGCCUGAGACCUCCAGCAUUUACAGGGACCCCUGAAGAAUCCCAGAAUGGGACAUGUCAAUUCAAGAAGCAACUCGUUCAGCUUGUGGAUAUGUAUGGCACUGAAUCACCGUUCGCUCCGGAACCUCCUGUGCUUCAAAUUCUGGAGCACUCUGAGCAGCCCCACCAGCCUCCUGUGCCAGACGUGGAAGCCGCGGAGGACCGCGCUUGCGCCAACCAUGCUUUCAGCUUCCUUCAAAGCAGGAAGGGGGUAUGGACCGUGCUGCAGGUAGAAGAAUCGGCCAGCUUGGAUGGAUACAAGAAUUUCGUGGCCAUUGCAGAGUCCUGGCGGCUGAAGACGCCAUUCACGCAGUGGUUCACAAAAAAUUAUGCAGGGGUUGCUCGCAGACCUUCCUACAAGGGCCACGUGAAGGAUGUCACCAUCUUGCCCGUGGACGCAUGCACGAUUCUGGGAAUGCUUAUGAUUCAAGCAACUCUGCUUCCUAACAACAGCUUUGGCGUCGAUGGCACAUCAGAGUGCGUGGCUGUCUUGCAGGCUUUAGAGGAGAACAUGAAUGUGAAUGCCACGCUGGAGCUUCUCCCUCACUGUGAUGCUUUUGCGGUGGAGAUUCAACAAAACUGCCUGCAGGUCUCCGCUCUGAAACGUGCACUUCGUGAGCUUGGCCUGGGGUUUGCCAAGAAGCUCACCGCUCAGAACGUGGCUCAUCAAAUGCCACUGAGUGUUUUUCUGACUACUUGCUUCCGCAUGCGUUCGGACCAGGCUUUCUGGAAUGCAAUAGGAUUCAGACGAUUGGUUAAGCGCACGGCCCACUUCUUCGCUCAGCACGCAGAACUGUCUCUGGAUGCCUCAGUCACGUCUGAAUGCCCGGAUCCCACUGUAGCCAGUCGUGCCCAUCCUUACAUGCAGAGCUCAAGGAGGAAAGGCAAUCGGGCUCUGAAAAUGCAGAUGGUGACCCGAUUUCUAUGCCGUGGCGCAGGCUACGUGACUCUCAAGGACGAACGCAACUUGGGUCAGUUGGGGGUUGUCGAGGAGAAGUCGACACUGGCUCACCGCACUGCUUCAGAGUAUGUUGCCCGAUUACUGCUGAAGACGGAGGCUUUUGUGCACGAAGCUGUUUCCCAGCAAAAGUACCCCAGUGUGAACUUCUGUAUGGAUGCUGCUACUUUCUCGGGUGAACAGGUGCUGUCUGUGGUCUUUCGAAUGAAUGGUUUCCACUUUGCUGGCGCGACCCAGAUACUGAGCCCUAACAGUUGCUCCAGGCAGGAGGCUGCUGAGGCUGUGGCUUCCUUGGCGGAUGCACUCGGCGGGGUGCUUCCUGACAGCGCCAAAGAGAAACAGUCAAUCGGCAAGGAGGCUUUCCGCUUCAAAGAGUUUCGCACCCCCACGAAGCAUCUCCUGUGCGGAUUGGCCAACGCACUGCAGCAAGCCAUGCCAGCAGGAUGGACAUUGCAGAAGUGUAAGCCCCCGAACCCCUUGCAACCAGCAGGCCCUGGAUGUACCCGUGUCCUCUACGAUCCCGCUGAACUGCAGUUGAUGACUCCGCGUCCGGCCUCGGAAGCUACGUUGCACUUUACUUGGGAUUCGGAAUCUGGACGAAGCCGUCCUGACUUCUACCAGGAUGAAAAAUUUACACGUCUUGUCUUUGCCGCAGACUUGGGUACUGAGGGCUUUGUGGGAUUCCAGCAUCUCGCAUCCCUUGAUCUAUGGGUGCUACUAUGGCCGGAUAUCUUCCAUCAGUGUGCUCGCAGGGCUUCCUCGGCUAUAAAAAGAUUGGAUGAUGGACCGGCUUUCCUCAGGAGAUUGAUGGCCCUCUUUCGCUUCUCGCGAGGACCAUUCAAGUCGGGUAGAUUUGGUAAACUCGUGGCAGACGCCCGCUCCAGGCUGGUGGAGAUCAUGGAAACGAAUCCCGAAGACGACUUCGUGCAGAUGUUCAUGACUGGAAUGGCUAAGGAUGCCGCUGGAAUGCACAAUGGUGGGUCCGGGUUCUUUGCCGAUUUCACAUCCAAGCACGCCUUGAACCUGCUGUCUUCCCGUAAAGGCAAUCUACACCUGCGGUCCGACAAUCCCAAGGAUGUGCGUUGGUUCUCCUUCUGGGACCAUGCUGUGGCUUUGGACUCUUGCUGGCAUUCCGAGGCUAUGGCACAUUGCUUCUCCAUCUUCACCGAAGGAAAGAAUCCGUGGUCCUUUGGCAACAAGAACGAUGCUUCGGAUGUGCUUGCAGAUGAUACAAACCAGGACAAAAUGCGUGCAUUCAUCUUGGUCUUCAAACCUCUGCGUCUCUUCGUAUCCGAAUGCGCGAAGGACAUCCAGAACAACGGGUCCGCCUCAGUGCGGCAGAUGAUCUCGCUAGCCAGCGGGAAACGUGUUUCGAAAUUGAUUCAGAUUCUCGGUCUUGAGUACUGUGGCGCAACGCAGGAUAAGGAAUCUCUUGAAUGGUUGGCAACUCUCUUCUUGUGUCAGAUCGAUGCCCUGCUAGACUUGGAUACCAUGCAGCGAAGCUUUCCUUGGCGAGCAGUUGCCUGCUUGAACUUGCAGUUGCGUGCAGACACGCUGGCUUGCAUGCAGCGAGAAUGGCAGUUCGUCACCGAAAUUAUCGAUCAGCUGCCGAAAAACCAUGCAUUGUACGUCUGCUUGAACUUCACCCGGUACCAGUGCUACCGUGACAUCAUGACCAAAGCCGAGCCACUCGAUUUCUCAACAGAAUCGUGCAUGAAUUUCUCGAACGCAGGCAUGGAUGAAGAUCGCGGCCUGGGUUUCCGGGAGAUAUGCCGUGUUGUUGCAGGGUUCACUGGGGAUGCCAAUGACUCUAUCCUCUCAAGUUUGGCUUCGGAACUUUGCUUCAAUGAUCUGCGGGACAGCGGAAGACGCCGCAUGAAAGCAGAAAAAACAUGCCCGCAGAACAUUCAUGCAGUGGCCCACAAGAGCUCAACCUCGCGUCCAGGUGGCGGGAAAAGUUUGGCGUUGUCUAGUUCAGACUGGCAGGCUACGCUGUCCCAGAAGUAUGUUAAAGCCCGUGUUCAUUCCACUUUGAAAGCAACUGAUCUGGAGCUCGGGGUUUCGUCUGAGGGCCUCACAAAGCACAAGACCUCGAAGAACUUCACGAAACCACACAUCCUCGCCCAGCGUCUCGAUCUGCUCAGGCUCCUGAGAGACAACUACCAUGCGCAGAUACGUCCUCAGCUGAACAGACAAGAGGAUCGGCAGGAAGUCCUGCUCAGCACGUACAAGGAGUUAUGGACCUCCAAGCUGAUUCCGGAACACUGCUUCGUGGCCUGGGACGAAGGCAAAGCUUCGGACACUCGGGAGCUCGUGCUGUCCGCAGGCCCUCACUCAGUUCGCGUGCUUCCACUGGUCAAGUUCGAGCAAGGAGUUUACACUUUCCAAGUUGCUGAUGUUCCGCGUACCGGGAAAAUCGUGGGGGACAUGAUUUCUGUGGUGAUCGCGUUUACAGAACCGUGCCUGGCUCACGAUCAGCUGGGAUGGAAGCAGACCUCGGAAUGGAUGAGUUUGGCUGAGUACAUUGCAGAGCACUCCAUUUAUUGGAUUCCGAAAGGAUUGCUAGCAAGUGUGUGCACAGCCCUGGGCUUGAAACAUUCGAAAAUGGAUUUCAAAGCACGUGUCCGCUUGUUUUUGAACCAUCAAGGCAAGAGUGAUGACUUUAUAACCUCCGUUUUGGAGGAAUUGCCUGAUGAUGCACCGCAUCGCACACGAAAGAAAGAUCCCGAAGAGAUGGAUGGAACUAAUGAUGAACGACUUCCAGGCGAAACUGACGAAGAAGAGGAUGACGAAAUCAUGGACUACAUGGCCGUGGAUCCUGAAGAUGAAGACCCGCAGGACAACAGCAAUGAUGCUGACAAGCCGCAGGUGGAUCCUGAUCAAGGAGAACGGAGGCCCGCAGACGCGUCGCAGCAGCCAGACCAUGACAUGCCGGACAGAUCUGACGCUGGCCCUACACUGUACAAUUUAAGCAUCUUCUUCCUUCGUGUUUGA